AUGGACGACCGACUGGCUUUGGUGCACAUACCAUUGGAUCUCUACCCGUAUUUCUUGACUCCGAUCCUACAGGUCCUCUUCCACGAGGUACCCCCCGUGGACCAGAGUCAUGUGGAGGUCCUGAAGAACGGCUCCAAAGAGGGCCUCAAGCAUGCGCAACCGGCUUUCUUGAAUUUCUCUAUCACCCCGGUAGAAUGCUCCAUCAUGUGUCCCAGGCAGCUUGCCAACAAGUAUUUCGCCCCCAUGGUCGAUAAGUUCGUCCAAGAUCAUGCCUCUAGCCAUAGCCGCCUGUCCAUCAGUCAGGAUGAUUUCAUAGCCAUGCAGGUGUACGGCGAAGGUCUGGAAGCUGGCCAACGCGUGCUUGAGUUGACGAGUCCUCUAGCGAUGGCAGGAAUUUCUAUCUUCUUUAUCUCCACCUACUUUUCUGACUACAUCAUUGUCCCUCUGCGCAGCAAAGCACAGGUCAUUGAAGCUUUGGAGAAGCGAGGGUUCCAGUUCGAAAUCACCACCGAGGCUUUCAUAAAUCAUAAUCAAAGUCAGUUCAGCAGCUAUAGCAGCCCGAUUUCAUCUCGUUCCGCGAGCAGUCUGGGUUCUCCGCCGGCAACUCCUCCUCCCUCGUCACUUGACGAACUGCAGGGGCGAACCUUUGCCUCCCUGCGGAAGAACCACAUUGUGCCGUCCGUUGAUCGAUCUCUUCGCUUGGUGCAAUGUGCGGCCCAUCACCCAUACAGCAGUGAUGCUAGCUCAAUAUCGAUCCUUCGCACGGCACUGACGACUGCACUGGUUGUGGACAGACCACGCUUCCUCUCACUCACUCUGACGGCUGCCGACCCUGCAGCGUCUCUCUUGUUGGAACAGCGGCUCCUGCCUCGAUUCUUGAAUGAUGUUACCUCAUCUGCCGAGACUACUGAUGAAACAAGCCUGCUUCUGGGGUCCAAGGAAGAUAUCCUUGUCCCCAUCACGUUGGACCUGCGCAAACUCCCUCUCGAGGCCACUGGUAUUGUUUGCGGGGUUGCCAGUCGAUUGGCUGACGCUACACAUGCUUCCUGGGAUGAGAGCACCGAAGCGUCGACCAUCGCUUUGUCACACUCUUUCAAUGGUACCUCAUCCUUUGAAAGUUCUAUCAACCGCUACUUCUCGUCCAGUGUGGACUCUGGAGGACCGGUCAGACCCCCUAGCCAGAGUCCUGGGCCCCGAACACCUAUCAAUGGCAAUGGCGAUCCGCUGGCACUUUCAACCCAUCAUCUGCAUCCGGACCUCGACCCAUCUCUUGAGGCCGUCGAAAUCAGCUUCCUUAGCACUGCACGUGCAGGGACAAUCCUUGUCGGCGAACACGAACUACAUCGAGCUAUGGAUGCGCUCGAGGCUGAAAGCCAUGAACCGGAACUGCCGGCUGGUGUGCUCGAAGUAUAA